AUGGCUGCUCAAAUCAAUACCCAGAAAAAGAAAGUGGGCCAAAACAUUAAAGUUGUUGUGAGAGUCAGGCCCUUCAACAAAAAAGAAUCCCGAGGCCAGUCCAGAAUGGCAGUUAACUGCAUAUCGCCCACAGAAAUCCAGACAAAAGAUAAAAAAUACUGCUUCGACAGGGUUUUCCAACCCGAUUGCAACCAGCUGGACAUUUACUCAUACAUCGUCGAGCCGAUGAUCAACGACGUAUUCGCCGGAUACAAUUGCACCGUUUUCGCUUAUGGACCAACUGGUACAGGAAAAACGCAUACCAUGAUUGGAGGUGAUCCUAGUUCCCUGUCUUCACUGGAUUGGAGACGAAACGAAAAAGCCGGUUGUAUUCCCAGAGUGGCCACCAACAUAUUCGACGAAAUCGCUUCGAGGAAAGUAAAUGAUUACAACGUUCGUGUAUCAUUUCUGGAGCUUUAUAAUGAAGAAAUACGAGAUUUAUUGAAUUCAGACAAGCGCCGGCCACCAUUAAACAUCUUCAAUGACGACAAGGGCGCCGUCUUCAUACAAAACCUAAAUGAAAAAAACGUCUUCAACAGCAAUGACAUACACGAACUACUGAAACAAGGCACACUAAGAUGUCAGACCAACUCAACUCACAUGAACAAUCACAGCUCUCGUUCGCACACAGUUUUCACCAUAACCGUACACAUCAAAGAAGCUGAUUUAAACGGCGAAGAAGUUUUGAAGACAGGCAAAAUAAAUCUAGUAGAUCUGGCCGGCAGUGAAAAUAUCGCGAAAAGCGGCGCCAAAGAUAAAAAGGCUCUGGAACUGGCCAACAUUAAUCGGUCGCUGUUGACAUUGGGACGCGUGAUACAAAUUUUGACAGAAAAAAACAAUAGGCACGUUCCUUAUCGGGAUUCGAAGCUAACGAGAAUUUUGCAGGACAGUUUAGGAGGCCACACCAAAACCUGCCUCAUCGCCACCGUGUCUCCAGCUGACAGCUCCUACGAAGUAACCCAGUGUACUCUAGAAUAUGCAAUGAGGGCUAGGGACAUCAAAAACACUCCGAUGGUCAACGAAAAAGUAACACAAGUCGAAAUGUUCAAACAACUGACAACGGAAAUUGAAGAACUAAAACGCAAAUUAGAAGCCACUCAACUUGGCGAAGGCGGAAGCGGAGGCGCAGGCUUUUUCGUGGCGCAACAACACUGGGACGAAAUACAAAAUCAGCUUCACGUCAACUCAAAUUCGUUAACAAUGAAAAACGAAAUUAUGGACGACAUGAAAAAGCGCCUGGCCGAUCUCGAAGUGAUACAAAAAAUUAAAACGCGCGACUACGAGGAAGCGAUGAAAAAUUGCAAAAACAAAGAGAAAAUCAUCCACAAAGCGACGGCGCUUCUCAAAGAACACCGUGAAAAUUUGCAACAGGAAAAGUAUUUGUCCAAAAAUUAUUUCCAAGCGGUGCAAGAUGAAAACACCCAGGCGAAAUGUUUGCUGCAGGCCAACAAUACAUUGACCGAAAAUUACAACAUGGCGCGGUUCAAACUCAAAACCCAAUAUUUGAAUAGUCUCUCCAACAACUGUUUAAUACAGGAAAAGUGUCGCAGUUUGCAACAAACUAUUGUUAGCGGUCGGGAGCAAUUGGACAAGAUGUCGUUAACGUCACAGUCUGCCGUGACCAAUCAAAUGGCUGUUUUGGAAGAAAGUGCGCGGGCGUGUCACCAGGAACUGGAGCGUUGCGCUGCUUGGAAAAAGGAAAUUGAGGAUGUGGCUAAUAAUAAGAACGGAGUGAGUGAGGUUAUUGAGGAAAGACCGAGUUGUGUGAGUGAAGUGAUGGGAUUGGUCGAUAAAGGAUGUAAAAAUUUUCAGCAGUAG